AACCCCACCCUCAGGUGUUCCGCCGCCUCUCCCGCCUGCAGCGGCGGCGAGAGGAGGCGCUCUUCUCCGGGCAAUCCGCCGGCCUGGCUGCCUGGCAGCGGCUCUUCCGGCGGCUCCCUCGCCGUCUCUCGCUUGCGUUUCCUGCUCUGCCCCCCCUCCGCCCCCCACCCCAGUGCCUCCUGCAGCACCAGCGGUAGAUUGGACGCCAAACCCUCUGGUUUUUCCUUCUCCUCCUUCUCCUGGUGCUGGUUUUGGCUUCCCAGCCGCAGCUCCGCUCCCUUUUUUUUCUUUCUCCUCAGCCAAACCUUUCCUGCUGCUGCUGCUGCAGGAGGAGGAGGAGAAGAAGGAGGGCGUGGAGGGUUUGAAAGGGGCCGGGAGAGGAGAGCGGAGGCAUCUUCGUCCUCGGCCUUUUCCCCUUCUGGGAGGUGUGUGGGGAAGGCAUGACCUCCUGAGCGAGCCCGAGGAAAGAGAGCGCGGGCCGUGCCGCCGAGGAGGGGAGGCUGCGGGGGCAAGGAGAGAAAUCCUGGCUUGAAUAUUUGACUUGAGAAGAUUGUCUGUUUGAUAUGGUGGGACUUGGAAAUAGCCGUCGUGGGAUGAAAUCACCACCUCUUCUAGUAGCAGCACUUGUGGCUUGUAUAAUUGUUCUAGGAUUCAAUUAUUGGAUUGCAAGUUCUCGCGUUGUUGAUUUGCAGAAUCAUAUAAUGGAAUUAGAAGGCAAAGUCCGCAGGGCAGAAUUGGAAAGUAAUGAAUUCCAAAGAGAACGGAGAGGAGAGAUGGAGAAAAUCCAGAUCCGUCAUAAUUUCUUAAUGGAAAAUGCAAACAAAAUACACAGGGAUGAGAAGGCAACACUGCUGAAUAACAUCACAGUAAAUGAGAAACUGAUCCACAGUCUUCAAGAACACUUGAAAGAACUGCAGCAGGAAUAUGGAAAGCUCCAACUGGAUAUAUAUAAAUUUCAGAAAAACCAGACCAACCUUCAGAGGAAAUUUACAUAUGACAUGUCUCAGUGCAUUAAUCAGAUGAAGGAACUGAAAGAACAAUGUGAAGAAAGAAUAGAAGCGAUUUCAAGAAAAGGCAGUGAGAUACCUCAAAUAAAGGAGAAGAAAAACAUCUCAAAUACAUCAGACAAAAAUGACCAAGUUAACAUUCAGGUGCCAACAUUUGGACAGCCAGAACUGCAGCACCGUGAUCUAACAAAACAGGGAAAUGAACUACCAGAAAAACAGGAGUCUUCGAAGUUAGAAGCAUUGAAGCCAACGUCUAUGGUAAAAAACAUGGCAGAAAUGGAUGAUCAAAAAAAAGGAACCAGUGAUGUUGUUAUAAAUAAAGAUGAAUCCAAGAAAGAUGAUCUUCCUGUCAGUCAGGACCAUCUACAAAUGGCUGCAAAGUCUAGCAUGGACAAUAAAGAGUUGCCCCGAGAACCAGGAAUAGAGCAGAACUCAUACGAAGAAGUUAGAAAUGGGCUUCAAGAAGUUUUAGUAGGAAGGACAACUGGCAAACUUCUAGAAGCAGUGGACCAUCAAAAUAACAAUGAAGCCAAAGUGGAUGAUGAAGAAAUUGAGCGAGAGCAACUCUUAAAUGAUGAUGUUCAGCAAGAUGAUCAAAUUACCAGUAAGGGUGAAGACCCAGGUAACAAAAGAGUCAACCAGGACAGCAAAGGAGUGGACUAUAAUUUAGAUGUGAAUGAGGCAGAAUCUGAAACAGAUAAGCAGGCUGCCCUUGUUGACCAACCAAAUAACUUCAAUGUCCAGAAUCUUGAUGAUCCAAACCUGCAAAAUCACUUAUUUAAAUUUGGUGAAGAGCAUCAACAGAAAUUGUGAAUAAUGAUUAGUUUUUGACUCUUGCAAGAACUACUUACGUUGAAAAUCUCAAGGCUUGAAAAGUUCAGCUGAAGUUGAUCAUCCUUAAGUCUUUAUUUAAAUCAGUUCUGACCUUUGUUUAGGACUUGUUGCCUGACUUAAAUAAUAGGUUGUUUACUGUACUCUUAUGAACCGGAUUGUGUCAGGAGAAGGAAACCUAACCUUUCUUUAUGGUAUAUGGAAUCUGUACCUGUUCUUCAGCUGCUUUAUCCGAUUUUCUUCCUGAAGAUGACAAAAAGAUUUUCUUGGCACAAAAACUGGAAUUAUUAACAGUUUUAGAGAUGUUAUUGUACUCUCUUAACUUCCUCAUACCUCUUCCCGUGUAUUGCUGGUUCUUGCUUUAAAAACCAAAUGAACCUAGAGAAUGAAUUUUAUAUUUAUUUUCUGUAGCAGUGUUUUUCAGAUAAAUUAUAUCCUGGAACAUUCUAAGGUAAUCUUUCUUUAAAUGGAUUGCUUUGAAGUAAAUGCUGUUUACAACA